CAAAAAUGGCAGGGCAUGGAUCCCCAAAAUUUAACGAACCAUGGAUGGAUGAACUCGAUGGAGAAAACUGUAUACAGAGAACUGUAAGUUUUGCCGUACAAGGGGCGCUAGUAGGUAGGUAACUUUAAUUUAUGAAAGAUGCCAUUGGUACUGCAAAGGUCAAUAUAAUUAAACUUACUAUAUAUUGAUAACGCUUAUUACAGCUCCAAAAUAAUAAUUAAAUCUCAAGCUUAUAUAUGUACAGCUUGCUUAGCGUAGCAUGUGGAAAUUAAAAGGAUUUGAAUUAUUUGAUGUUUUUGUUUAUAUCACAAAUGUAACUUGUUAAACAUGUGCAUGCAUUUAUGCAUGUACUGAAAACCCUAGAAUGCAGAGGUCCACUCUACACUUAACUAUAACUGACUGGCUUUUUCUUGCCGAAUCUCCAAUGUAAAGAUGGUAGGUCACGGAGCCAGGCAUCAGUGGGAAUUAAAACAAAACUGAAUGCCAGGCUGGCAUUAUGGCAAAAGGCUGCUUUAUUAUAGAAUAGAAUAGAAUAGAAUAGAAUAGAAACUUUAUUAAAGUGUCAAAAACCGUCUAGCCAGGGAACAAAUCCCUUACUAAUUUGGGGACACCAAUUAGGGGAGAAUAUACAAACUAAAAACUAUAUACAGUAGUAGGUAAAAUAUCUAUAGUUAACUAAUUAAGAGAUUUAUAGUAAAAAUACACAGAAGUCAAAAUGAACAAAGGCUACAGCCUGCGCAGCCAUCAUCUAAAAGUUCACUUAUAUUGAGUUGGCGUAUCUUGCUUUUAAACGACGUUAGGGUUGUGACGUCCCUGAUACUCUUGGGUAGUUUUGUCCAUAGCCUAGGCCCUAAAUAUCUAAUAGAGUGCUUGCCAUAGGUGACUGUCUCAUACCUAGGUAGAGAAAUCUGCUUGCCGAGAUUGUAAUUACUGUUUGGUUCUUUAAAGAUGUUACUUAUAUAUGCAGGGCACAGUUUAUGCUUUACUUUAUACAUAAGGAUGCACAGAUCCUGUAAGCGACUAUUUAGUAGUGUUGGCAGAUCUGCCUUCUCUAAUAGUUGUUCAUAACUAGAAUUAUUAUCCUUGAAAACCGCUCUAAGUCCUCUUUCUUGUAGUCUUUCAAGCUUUCUAGUGUCACUAAGCUUUACAAAAAUGCCACACUAGGUGACAGUACGUGAGGAAUGGUAAUAUCGCGCUUUUGAAUAAUAUUAACUUAGAUUUCAUAGGAAUUAAAUUACGUAGUCUCAUUAGAACACCAAUUCUCUGGCUGGCUUUUUUUUACAGAUAGAGAUUACAUGCUCAGAGAAAUUUAGCUUAGAAUCUAACACUACUCCUAGAAGUAUGAUAUUAUCUUUAGUUUCAAUCACAACAUCAUUCACGCAAAUAUUGCUGUCAUUUUGAGUGAAGCCCAAGUUCAAAACUUGGUACUUUUUGAGGUUUCCGCCAAUAAGUUAGAAUCGUACCACGUUGUUGCUAAGUUGGCACUAUCCUUUAACUGGGAAGUCACAGCUGCCUGGUCUGCUCCUGCGUGGUAAAUUUGAUGGUCGUCGGCAUACAUAGACAAGUUCGCUGUUAGGCAGUAGGAUAGGUCAUUCUGGAAAACAUUCCAUAACAACGGGCCAAGCGCGGAACCCUGAGGACUGCCACGACUCACGAAUUGGCUCGAACUAACAUGACGGCCGAUCUUUACUUGAUAUUUCCGUUAUAGGCUAAUAUUUCGGCUAACAAAAUUAGCCUUCCUCAGGACCAGACCUACAUGUAUGCAGUCAUUCACUUUAUGGGACGUUCUUUGCUUAAGCACCCAAAUGGGCUGAAAAUCGGAAAACAAAAAUUUGCCAGAAAGGCAAGAUGUUGGUUCAGCUUGCUAGACUAAAACUCUGAGAAGCUCUUCUAGUCCAAAAUCUACUUGUUUUACUUGUACUUUAUUUCUUGUCAACAUUGUUCAUGAACAUUACUUGCUUCUUAAGCAGUUGGGAUAAAUAUACAUGUAUCAGCCAAUAGGUUGUUUUACUAGCCCUCAGCUAUUUAACAGGACUAUGGCCAUGCCUUGACUCUUGCUUGAACUAAAAUCCUCUACAAUCUGUGUUUUUUUGGUGUGUAAGUGACUAGUAAUCAGAUCUUCAUUGACAAAACCUUCACAAGGCAUGGGGUAAUAUUUUGGACUGGCUGAAAUAUUUUCAAUAUCUGUGCUCUGUUUAAAUGGAAAAUUUUGGAACCACCAGGCGUCUAAAUCUUCCAUGUGAACAGAAUACCUAAUAAACACUUGAAUUUUCAACCAGUUCAAAAUUUGUCCAGUUUCGUGUUAACAUAGCCUAAGAGUGUUUCAUGAUUUUUAUGUGAUGUGAUGUGUCUUCUCAAGGGCCUUACAUUUUCCCUUGAUCUUGAAUGGCAGGUGGUUUUUCUGGUGCGGCAGUAUCAGCUUUGAAGAUUCCAGAUCCUAAACCAACACCUCUUAUUCUUCAGUCGCUUAUUAUGAUGAAGAACCAUUCACUUCUUCUAGGUUUGUAGAAACAGUAUUAUAAUUAUUGACAGUUAAUAAUUUUGUAUUGCAGAUAGGGUUUUUACCAAAUGACUUAAAACAAAUGACUGAAAAGACACUGCAGAAUAUGUCACUACACCUCAAAAUGGUUAAAACGUUCAAACUUUGCAGUGAAACCACUCGCCCAUGGCCUGUGGUUCCACUUGAGUUUUGAACUUUUGAGAUUAUUUUUAUGGUCAAUAAGAGUAUAGACCAUGGAAAAUUGUUGUUGAUCUGUUAAAAGAACAAUCUUAGCCCCAAAACAAAAACGUGUUUUGUAAGGGUCCAAUUCUAACGAGAUGUAAAGCUACUUGAACUUUUCUGUCUUUUUCAAGGUGGAGCUGCUGGCCUGUUUGCUCUUACAACUUGCACUUCUGCUGCUUUGAGAGAGAAAGAUGACCCCGGUAACUGGGCCUUGGGUGGCUUAGCAAGUGGAGCCCUGUUUGGCUUGAGAAGUGAGUACAUGCAACGUGUGAAUAAUCUCUUACAGCUACAGUAUUACCUUUAGAAAAACCAAAUCCUUAAUUCCCUAUUCACAAUCUGGUUCUUUGUUGUUAUGGAAAAUAUUUGUAACUUUCGUGCAGGAUUUGUUUGUUUAAACUCCCCCUAAUUUGUGUGUAGUGCCCCUGUUGUUAUGAACAAAAUUGUUUAGCCUUAGCUGAUAACACUUUCUAACAGCUUGAUUAUUCUGGAUAUAAUAAAAACUAAAUCUAUUAUACUGUCUUAUUAUGCAUCGCUGUGAAGAAAACAAUGACAAACAGACCGUCAGACGAUACUAAGUUUCUGUUUCUAAGGUUCUAUUGGAAUCGCAACACCUCAGGAUUUCCUCCACAGAUUUGAAUUUUAUGGUGACAAAUUUUUUUUGACACAACAUGGUCCAGGGAUCUAAGGUUUAAAGACUUUUUUCAGAAAGUUUUGAUUUUUGAUCACCUGUACCUGCUUUGGUAGAGUGUUUAGUUCAAGCCUCAGUCUUCACUUCAAAAGUGUUUAUUGUUUCCUUUUACUUUUAGGAAGCAGUUGGCAGGUUGGAUGUGCGAUGGCGAGUGCACUCGCUGUGGGUGGAGCAAUAGCUAAAUACACUGGCGCCUAUAAACAUCCAUUCCGUACUGACAGAGUCUUUCUUUGAUGAAAUGUGGCGCUCCUUAACACAGAUGAUUCUAAGUGUUUUUAAUCGAAGUUAUGAAUGUUCAUGUAAAUAUAUUUUCGUAGAACUUUAAUAUUCUAUGAUAUUUUUUUUUGUGUCAUAAAAAGUGUGACAAACAAAGUAAACUUAACUAAUGAACGUAAAAAUCUUCCGGUUGGUGAUUUCAGGAAAUGUUUUCCAGCUCUUUCUAUACAGUAUUGAGGGGUAAGCGCUUUACAUAAGUACCUACAUCCCCAAUUUUAAAAAAUACAGUUGCGUUGAACAGAGAAAGUUCAUUAGCGUUUUACAAAGCUGUUAUUAUAAGGAGUUACGGUGAGAGGUACGUCCCAGAUAAGCGAAACAAAUAUGAUGAUAUUAUUGUUAAUUCUCCAAGUAUUGUUUUGAAAUGUAGUUCAUGUGAAUGGAUUUGAAAUUGGCUGUUUGGAUGAACUGAAUUUUGCAAUGAAAACUUUAACUUAACUUUAUUACAUAUCACACACUCGGAAAAAUACAUGAGAACAACCACAGCCGCGGGCUUGAAUGGCCUAAGGUCAGCAAAAAAACGUGAAUAAUUUACAUUUUGUUUUGGAACUCUUAGUAUUUUGCCAUUUUAAAAAGGAG